AACAGAUCAGAUCAAACCUAGAUUUGCUUGAAGCUCUCUCUCUCUUUCUCACCAUACUACCAUGGCCGGCAAAAGAUUACUUCAAGAUCAAGAAUCCGAUCAAGAAAAUAUAACGGAGAAACGGAUGAAAUCUCUACCACUCUUUGCCUCUUUGUUUGGAGCAUUGAAUACUGAGAACACCAUGAAGAGCCUUUCGUUAGCCCUAGAGCCUGUUCUUAGAAAAGUUGUAAGACAAGAAGUGGAACAUGGAAUAAGUAAAAGACUUCGACCAUUUUAUACGUCAUCAUCUUUUCGUGUCGAAGCUCCGGAGAACACUAAUGGUCCGACAUUAAAGCUAAUGUUCGCUAAAAAACUAAUGCAACCAAUAUUCACGGGAAGCAAAAUCAUUGACGUGGACAACAAUCCACUUCAGAUCAUCCUUGUUGAUGUCUCAAACAACGACCAUUCCAUCGCUCCGGUGAAUCUCGACCGUCCGAUCAGACUAGACAUCGUAGCCCUUCAUGGAGACUUUCCUUCGGGUGAUAAAUGGAGUAGUGAUGAGUUUGAGCGUAACAUCGUGAAAGAAAGAGAUGGUAAAAGGCCGUUACUUGCCGGAGAAGUAACUGUGACGGUGAGAAACGGCGUUGGAACUAUAGGAGAGAUUGAGUUUACAGAUAACUCUAGUUGGAUUCGUAGCCGCAAGUUUAGAAUUGGCGUGAAAGUUGCGAAAGGGAGUAGCGGUCAAGGCGUUGCGGUUUGUGAAGCGAUGACUGAAGCAUUCAAUGUUAGAGAUCAUCGUGGAGAAUUGUACAAGAAACAUCACCCACCAAUGUUAGAAGACGACGUGUGGCGGCUAGAGAAGAUAGGCAAAGAUGGGGCCUUUCACAAGAAGCUCUCUGCUGAAAACAUCAACACUGUUCAAGACUUUUUGAAGUUUUCGGUCAUUGACCUCGACAGACUCCGUCAAAUUUUGGGGCAAGGAAUGUCUGAUAAAAUGUGGGAUGUCACAUAUAAACAUGCUAGAGAGUGUACUUUGGGAGAUAAGUUAUACAUUCACAGAGGACCUGAUUUUCACUUGACCUUGAAUCCAAUAUGCGAAGUGAUAGAAGCAGUGAUUGAUGGCCAGGUUUUCUCGUGUGUAGAAGCACGGAAUCAGCUCUAUGUUAAGAGGCUAGCGCGACAAGCUUACUCAAAGUGGAACUUACUAGAAGUGAAGGAAAGAAAAACAAACGAGGUUCCUCUUUUGACGCAAGGUGAUACCACUAUGGACCAACAAUAUGGUGCAAAUGAUUACCACAAUAUUGAAAUCAAUAAAUCGUAUCAACAAAACGGGUAUGCUCCGAACAACUUGGAGAUGAUAAACGAAGGGUAUAUUACGACAACCCCAAUGGAGUUUGGUAUAUGUUUCAACAUUACCGGAUCUUCGUCCCAAGGUCAUUUAAACCCUUUCGAACAUCCUCACCUACGUUAGUACUGGAAUACAAAACCUCUCGUGCCUUCAUGAUUUAGACUCUUUCCAAACAAGGAUUUAGUUUAUAAAUCAUGUAUAAUAUGUAUACAUACAUAUAUGUAGAUCAUAUUGUAUAAAAAUUUGUAAAAUUUCUGAAAGAGUAAUAUUUUCGCUGAAUGGUAAUUCCAGUUGUUUACAUUUUUCAUGUUUUGACAACAUGAUGCAGAUGUUUUUAACCAUUCACGGUAGUAAUCAAAGUUUUUAUGUUUUUACAUGUUUGAAAAAUAACUCAAUUAUAUAUGAUAAACAUGUCUUUUCUAAUAUAUUCUUCUGUUAUUCCUUCAGUGUACAAUUCAUUGGAUAUCAUUUAUAUAUAA